GAUUCAUGCACCCGGGCGGUACUUCUUCAGGGCCAUGUUGAAGACGGUUUGUAUGUGCUACGGAUAGGUGCAGAGCUCACCUUUUCCUCCUCUAUUUCAACUCCUCAAGCACAUAUGGGAUGUCGCACUUCAACUCAGCUCUGGCACUCCAGGCUGGGUCAUCCAAGCUCAUGCACAACGUCCUUCAUUCUUCGUCAACACAGUCUACCUCUCAACACAUCAACCUCUCUUCAACCUUGCUCAGCCUGUACCUCGGCCAAAGCACAUGCUCUACCUCAUCCUCCCUCUCCUAGCCGUUCUACCUAUCCUUUUCAAUUAUUGUUUUUUGAUGUUUGGGGUCCCUCGUCUACACUGUCAACGAAGGGAGCUCGUUAUUUUCUUUCAAUCAUAGAUGACUAUUCCAAAUUCAUAUGGUAUUUUCCCAUGCAAUUAAAAUCAAAUGUUUCUAACAAUUGUUCCUGCUUUUAUUACCUUUGUUAAAAAUCAAUUCUCUUCUAGCAUUACUUCGGUUCAAACCGAUGGGGGGGGUGAAUUUUGACCCCUUCAAGCUAUUUUUCGCACAUUGGGUAUUUCUCAUCGUAUUACAUGCCCAUACUCCCAUCAAUAAAAUGGGAGUGUCGAAUGUCGUCAUCGUCAUAUUGUCGAGACGGGUCUAUCCUUACUCUCUCAUGCCUCUGUCCCACACAAAUAUUGGGCCGAGGCCUUUCAAACUGCCACUUAUCUAAUCAAUCGUCUCCCUACACCUAUUUUGCAAAAUACUUCUCCUUUUUAUACUCUAAUGGGCCAACAUUCGGACUACACCUUCCUCAAGGUGUUUGGGUGUGCCUGCUGGCCCAAUCUCUGAUCCUUUAACUCUCAUAAAAUGGAUUAUCGGUCUAAAGAAUGUGUGUUCAUGGGAUAUAGGCCAGAUCACAAGGGAUAUAUCUGUCUUCACACAGAAAUGGGCCGCACUUUCAUUUCUAGAGAUGUCCAGUUCAAUGAAAAUAUUUUUCCUUUCUCAAAAAGGCCCACUCCUACGGCAAGCCCAGCUCCUCUCACAUAUUCACCCGAUACCUCUCUAAGCCCAACUACACUUUAUAACCCGAUCCAUACCACGUCAUCAAGUAAUCCUUCAGAUUACUCAUCUUCACCAAAUGACUCCCAGGGUUUCUCGACAGCCUCUUCUUCUUCAACAUCUAACCCAGCCACCACCCACACCCUCACUCCAGGAUCUGAGUCUUCUUCUCAGUCAAAAUCUAUUGCUCUUCCUCAGCUCACCGAUGGCUCCACCUCGUCGCCAUCAUCACCUCCCAUUAACCAACUUCGAGUUCCUCAAUCUCACCCACCCUCUCUCGAGCUUCCCUCACAAACUGAGGACUUCAUACCUCAGUCACCAUCUCCAGACAGUUCUUCCUCUUCACAUCUACAAAUGACUGACACUUUACCUUCCUCUACCGUCUCAGAAUCCAUUUCUUGUCCUCCUCGGCAUCCUAUGGUUACCCGAUCUCAAACACAGUCCCUCCAUCCUCGUCAACGAACAAAUGGCACCAUUCCUUGGCCAUCUUCAAAACCUUCAGCCUCUCUAACUCAAUCUCCUACUUCGGUUCUAGAAGAACCAUCCUCAUAUACCGAAGCUUCUAAGCAUCAAGAAUGGCGAUCUGCUAUGACUUCCGAACUUGAUGCGCUCCUUCAAAAUCAGACAUGGACCUUGGUACCUUUCUCUUCUACUUAUAAUAUUCUUGGCUCAAAGUGGAUUUUAAAAACAAAACGGCAUGCUGAUGGAACCAUUGAGAGGCGUAAAGCCUGUCUUGUGGCUCAAGGGUUUCAUCAGUAGCAUGGACUAGAUUAUUCUGAGACAUUUAGUCUAGUUGUUAAACCAACCACUAUACGUCUUAUCCUAUCUGUUGCUAUUUCCUCUAACUGGGCUCUGCAUCAACUCGACAUACAAAAUGCGUUUCUUCACGGUGACCUUGCAGAAACAGUCUACAUGAAACAACCCCUGGGUUCGUGAAUCCUGAUUUUCCUCUUCAUGUCUGAAAAAGUACGAAUAGCAAUAUACGUGAAUAAAGCAGCAUUGCAGUUCUUUGGAGGCAUUGUCGAUGAUACACCUGGGAAGGAAUCUCAUUACAAGCUGUCCAAAGAGGUUAGGGAUGCUGGUUUUGGGAUUGAACCUGAUAAACUAGCAUCCAUCGUUGGAUCCCAUGAUACCAAGGAUUUGGAGCAUCAUGGAGGAGUUCAGGGAUUAGCAAGAGAACUUUCUGUGUCUUUGGAUCAUGGUGUUGUUUCCAGUGACGUAUCUGUCAGGCAAAACAUCUAUGGUUUAAACAGAUAUGUGGAGAAACCUUCUAGAAGUUUUUGGAUGUUCGUGUGGGAAGCCUUACAAGACUUUACUCUAGUUAUCCUCAUUAUUUGUGCUGCCAUUUCUAUAGGUGUUGGCACUGCAACCGAAGGGUGGCCAAAGGGUAUGUACGACGGGCUAGGAAUAAUACUCUGCAUAUUCCUAGUAGUUAUAGUAACAGCAGUCAGUGACUACAAUCAAUCUUUGCAAUUUAAGGAUCUGGAUAAGGAGAAGAAAAACAUAAUUGUUCAAGUCACCAGAGAUGGAUGCAGGCAGAAGGUCUCCAUCUAUGAUUUAGUGGUUGGAGAUGUUGUUCAUCUAUCCAUUGGAGAUCAAGUUCCCGCCGAUGGUGUGUUCAUCUCUGGCUACAGCUUAUCGAUCGAUGAAUCGAGUUUGACAGGUGAGAGUGAGCCCGUAAAUGUCCACCAAGAGAGGCCUUUGCUUCUGUCAGGCACCAAGGUUCAAGAUGGGUCUGGUAAAAUGUUAGUGACAUCAGUUGGUAUGAGGACUGAAUGGGGAAGAUUGAUGGUUACUCUGAGUGAAGGGGGAGAAGAUGAGACACCACUUCAGGUAAAGCUUAAUGGAGUAGCAACCAUUAUUGGAAAGAUAGGUCUUGCUGUUGCAGUGCUGACCUUUUUAGUUUUGACCUCAAGAUUUUUAGUGGAAAAAUCACUACACAAUAAGAUCACAGACUGGUCUGCCAGUGAUGCACUCAAACUUCUAAAUUACUUUGCUAUUUCAGUGACUAUACUAGUUGUUGCAGUUCCUGAGGGAUUACCUCUUGCAGUGACACUAAGUCUUGCCUUUGCAAUGAAAAAACUCAUGAGUGAUAAGGCACUUGUGAGGCAUCUCUCUGCGUGUGAGACAAUGGGUUCUGCUAGCUGUAUUUGCACAGACAAAACUGGAACAUUGACAACCAAUCAUAUGGUGGUGAAUAAAAUAUGGAUAUGCGAAAAAUCUGUCGAAAUAAAUAGUAGAGACAAUGAGGAUGCGCUGAAGACCUCAAUAUCUGAGAGAGUUUUUAACCUCCUUCUGCAGUCAAUAUUUCAGAAUACUAGCUCGGAAAUAGUCAAAGGGAAAGACUCAAAGAAAAAUAUCAUAGGUUCUCCAACAGAGACGGCACUAAUAGAAUUUGGCUUGCUUCUGGGAGGCGAUAUAAAUACGUUUCGCGAGGAUUACAAGAUAGUGAGGGUUGAACCUUUCAAUUCAGUCAAAAAGAAGAUGUCUGUGCUUGUGGCUCUUCCUGACGGUGGCGGAUUUCGAGCAUUCUGCAAAGGUGCAUCAGAAAUAAUCUUAGAAACGUGUGACAAGAUUGUCAAAGCUGAUGGGGAAACCACCCAACUCUCUAAAGAACAGAAAAAGGGCAUCACAGAUGUCAUAAAUGGUUUUGCUUGUGAAGCUCUAAGAACUCUAUGCUUAGCCUUCAAGGAUAUAGAAGGCGCUUCCAACGUGGAUAGUAUACCUGAUAAUGGAUAUACAUUAAUAGCUGUCGUUGGAAUUAAGGAUCCUGUCCGUCCCGGGGUAAAGGAAGCGGUUGAGACUUGUUUAGCAGCUGGGAUUACCGUGCGGAUGGUCACAGGUGAUAAUAUUAAUACUGCUAAAGCCAUAGCAAAAGAAUGUGGUAUCUUGACAGAAGAUGGACUGGCAAUAGAAGGGUCAGAUUUCCGCAAUAAGAGCCCACAGGAGAUGAAGGAAUUAAUCCCUAAACUGCAGGUAAUGGCUCGAUCACUGCCUUCGGACAAGCACACCCUAGUAAUCCAGUUAAGGAAUGUAUUUAAAGAAGUCGUCUCUGUGACUGGUGAUGGGACCAAUGAUGCUCCUGCAUUGCAUGAGGCAGAUAUUGGACUUGCUAUGGGUAUUGCAGGAACAGAGGUGGCUAAAGAAAGUGCAGAUGUUAUCAUAAUGGAUGAUAACUUUACCACUAUAAUUAACGUAGCCAGAUGGGGUCGUUCUGUUUAUAUCAACAUUCAGAAGUUUGUACAAUUCCAGUUAACGGUUAAUGUUGUUGCUCUCAUGCUCAACUUUAUCUGUGCAUGUAUCUCAGGAUCUGCUCCUCUUACAACCGUACAAAUGCUUUGGGUAAACUUGAUCAUGGACACUCUUGGCGCAUUGGCCCUGGCUACAGAACCUCCACAUGAUGCGCUGAUGAGGAGACCCCCAGUUGGGAGGAAUGUAAACUUCAUCACUAGGAUCAUGUGGAGGAAUAUUAUCUGUCAGAGCAUCUAUCAAAUUUGCGUCCUUUUGAUUCUAAAAUUUGAUGGGAAGCGCCUCCUGAAGCUCACUGGCUUAGAUGCCAAUUCCAUUCUCAACACAUUCAUAUUCAACUCCUUUGUGUUUUGUCAGGUAUUCAACGAGAUAAACAGCCGAGACAUGGAGAAGACUAAUGUUUUCCGAGGCAUAUUUGAUAGUUGGGUUUUCUUGAUUGUGAUGGUUUCUACGGUAGCUUUUCAAAUCAUAAUAGUCGAGUUUUUGGGCACUUUUGCCGAUACAGUGCCACUAAGCUGGGAAUUGUGGUUAGCCAGCAUCUUAAUCGGAGCUGCAAGUUUAAUUGUCGCUGUCAUCACAAAGAACAUUCCAGUGGGAACAAGCAAGCAUAAAGCUCAGCAUCAUGAUGGCUAUGAACCACUUCCUACCGGUCCAGAACUGGCAUGAAAAAUCAAAUGUUUGUGACUAUAUACAGAUAUUCCUUAAUAAGGGAGCUUCAUAAGAUAAUACAUGAUGAUGCCUAAGUUGUAUAUGCAGCUCAGAUUCCUUGAAAAAGUAAAAGUGUCCGGCUUGAAAUGUAAUUUGGAGUGGGAAACUACAGGGUUGAUUUGCAACUUUGUUUUUAACUUUUGGCAGAUUGCGGUUUUUUUUAUUCUUUCAAAGAAGUGAACGGUAUACCAAUUCAAUUCAUCAGGAGUUCUAUAUCUA